CUUUUGUUUUCGUCUGAUGCUGUGGCGUCAUAAGUAUGCGCCGCGACCCCUCGUCUGUUGUGAUUCAGCUCAUAGAUCGCCUGAAGAAAGUAUGACACAGAAAAACACCUGGUGAAGUGAUUGAGAUCCACGCGACGCACUAUUAUAAAGAUGGCGUUUAUUAAAGAGGAGAGUGAAGACAUGAAGAUUGAAGAAGUAUUCAGUGUGAAACAAGAAGAUACUGAGGAAGAAACAGACCUGAUGCUGCUGAAAGAAGAGAGUCAAGAUCUGAAUGAAAUGGAAGAGAAAAAUCACGAUUUCACAACUGGAGAAAAAUCUUUUAGUUGUUCAUGGACUAAAAACACUUCCACUCAAAAAACAGGAAUUAGAAAUUCUGAGGUCCACAAGAGAAAUAACAAAGGAGAAAACAGUUUCAUGUGUUCUCACUGUAGUGAGAGUUUCAGUCAUAAACUAAGCCUCAAGACUCACAUGAGAAUUCACACUGGAGAGAAGCCUUACACCUGCAAAGUAUGUGGGAAGAGCUUCGCGCAAAAAGCAAAUGUUAAGAUUCACAUGAGAGUUCACACUGGAGAGAAGCUGUUAGCCUGCCCUCACUGUGCAAAGAGUUUCACACAUAAAGGAAACCUUGAAGUUCACCUGAGAAUUCACACUGGAGAGAAGCCUUUUACGUGCACUCAGUGUGGAAAGAGUUUCACAACUAAAGGAAACCUUGCGGUUCAUAUGAGAAUUCACACUGGAGCAAAGCCUUUCUCCUGCAAACUGUGUGGGAAGAGCUUCUCAGAACAAGGAAAUCUUACACAACAUAUGAGAAUUCACACUGGAGAGAAGCCUUACACCUGCACCCAAUGCGGAAUGAGUUUUACACAUAAGGUGUCCCUUGAUAUCCACUUGAUAAGUCAUACUGGAGAGAACCCUUACACCUGCAAAGUGUGUGGUAAGAGCUGCUCACUAAAAGGAAGUCUUAAGAUUCACAUGAGAACUCACACAGGAGAGAAGCCUUUCACCUGCAAACUCUGUGGGAAGAGCUUCUCAGAACAAAGAAAUCUUACACAACAUAUGAGAAUUCACAAUGGAGAGAAGGGUUUCAUGUGCUCUCAGUGUAGUAAGAGUUUCAGUACUAAAGUAUGCCUCAAGACUCACAUGAGAAUUCACACCGGAGAGAAGCCUUACACCUGCACCCAGUGCGGAAUGAGUUUUAUGUAUAAGGUGUCCCUUGAUAGCCACUUGAGAAGUCACACUGGAGAGAACCCUUACACCUGCAAACUGUGUGGGAAGAGCUUCGCACAAAAAGCAAAUGUUAAGACUCACAUGAGACUUCACGCUGGAGAGAAGCUGUUCGCCUGCCCUCACUGUGCAAAGAGUUUCACACUUAAAGGAACCCUUGAGGUUCACAUGAGAAUUCACACUGGAGAGAAGCCUUACACGUGCACUCAGUGUGAAAAGAGUUUCACAAAUAAAGGAAGCCUUCAGACUCACAUGAGAGUUCACACUGGAGAGAAGCCUUUCACAUGCUCUCACUGUGGAAAGAGUUUUGGGCAGAAAGGAGCCCUUGAUGUUCACCAGAGACUUCACACUGGAGAAAAGCCUUUCACAUGCUCUCACUGUGGAAAGAGUUUCAGGCAGAAAGGAGCCCUUGAGGUUCACCAGAGACUUCACACUGGAGAAAAGCCUUUUACUUGCUCUCACUGUGGAAAGAGUUUCAGUCAGAAAAUAACCCUUGAGGUUCACAUGAGACUUCACACUGGAGAGAAGCCUUUCAGGUGUGUUCAGUGUGAAGAGAGUUUCACAUAUCACGCAGACCUGAAACGACAUUUGCAGACUCAUUCUGGAAAGACAUAGGUUGUUUGCAUUACUGUGGCGCGAAAUGCAGCUGGAGGGCAGGAAGUGAUUUCUUUUAUAUAAAGGAAUCCUUUCACAAAGUCAAAAUUCCUAUGUUUUGCGUUGUUUGUGGUCAAAAUCUAUUUUUUCUGCUCAAAUAUAAGUCCUAUGCAAGUCCUGGUAGGCAAGUAGAUCCACAAUGUGGACUUCACGUUCCAGCUAAGAAACAAACAGCGACCUGCUUCCUGGUUUAGGUUUCAGGCCUCAAAGUUAGGCCACACUACUCCUUAUAAAACUUUUUUUUUUUUUUAAUUUUAUUUUUAUAAAACUUUUCAGAACAAAGACAAACAAUAACAAACAGUGAACAAAGCUUCAUGGGUAUUUACAUGGAAGUUCUUUCAAAAUUUAUUUAUUUUUUUAUUUUUUUUUUAUUCAUAUAUGUGCUUAUAGACAAACAUACUUAGACAUGCAUACAUACACAAAUACCCUCAUGUCCAUAGCCAUACUUUCAAGCAGCUUGAUUAUUCUCUUAGGGUGGUUACAUGUAUGCAUAUAAGUAUUCCUAUUACACAUUUAUCUCCCUUCUCUCUGUUUUGAUAUAUGUGUAGUCCAUUUUCCCCAGUGUUUUUCAAAAGUCUCUUCUUGUAAUCUCAACUUAAAUGUCAGUCUUUCCAUUUUAUAAAUUUCUGUGACAAUUUGUUCCCACUGGGUUCUCGUUGGGGGAAGAUGUUGGAGCCAUAAACGAGUAAUCGCUUUUUUUUUUCUUGCUGCUACUAGUAUCCUCAGUAAAUAUUUAUUCCUAUUAUCAACUGAAUUUGGUAUAUUACCAAGAAAUAUACUAUAACCUGUUUCCCCAAUCUCAAUCUCUAAGAUUUCCUCUAUACUUGAGUGUAUUUCUGAUCAAUAUAGUUUCAAAACUGGGCAAGCUCAGAAAAUAUGUACAUGAUCAGCCACUUGUGUACCACACUGCCUCCAGCAGGAGCCUAGAUUUGCUACUCCUUUUUGUUUGGCUUUUACUUUGGGCGUGACAAAGAAACGUAUAGUGUUUUUCCAACAAAAUUCUCUUAAAGCCCUGGAAAGUUACACUCUGUAAAUGCCACAAAUUUAGCCAUUCUUCUUCCGGGAUCCUUUCCCCACUUUUCUUUAAUAUAAUUAGUUGAGUGACCUUUAAUAAUUUGGAUACAAGUAUGCUUAGAAAUUCGAUGGAUAUGGCUCAUGUGGCAUUCUUCAAAAUCUGUAGAGAUAUUUUUUAAUAAGGAUCAAAUGACUGAGUUCAGCUUUGAGAAUAAAACCAACCUGUUUGAUCCUCAGUAUCUUCUUGUUUCACUCUGAAUACUUCUUCAUGUCUUCACUCUCCUCUUUAAUAAACGCCAUCUUUAUUAUAA